UUUGAUGAGAUGUGUAAGAUUGGUUUGGUUUGCUUGGACAAUGAAUGUACAUGUCCUGAGGGGGCCUUGGCAGAUAGAGGGCAGUGUGUGUCAAGCAGUAAACCUGGCCAGGUUGGCUCCUAUUGUGUUCAACCAGGACACCAGUGCUUUCAGACUGACACCUAUUGUUCAGAGGGAAAGCAGUGUCACUGCCUUCCAACACAUUAUCUAAGCAAUGGUAUCUGCAUUCCCAAAGCUCAGGUUGGUGAGGGGUGUUCAACGGAUGAAGAGUGCAUGGACAACCAAGCCAGUUGCAGGGAAGGUUUCUGCCUAUGUAACAGAGGAUCUGAACCAAGAGAACACAGAUGUGUUCCCAGAAUCCCCCUGGGUUCCCCGUGUAACACCAGCUCUGACGCCUGCCAGACACAGGACGCACAGUGUUUGGGAGGAGUCUGUAAGUGCAGCAACAGCUUCAUGGAACAGAAUGGAAUCUGUGUGGCUGAGCCAGAGGAGGGACAGUUGGGGCGACUUGACCACAUGUGUGCACCUGGUGGUGUCUGCUAUGACCAGCAUGCAGUCUGCACUAGAGGGCGCUGUGGUUGCUCUGCUGACUUCUACCAGGAUGGGAGGAAGUGCCUGAGUAAGGUAUCUCUAGGCAGACCAUGCACCACUACUGCAGCCUGUGCCAGUGAUAACACAGUGUGUACAGCAGAGGGCACCUGUCAGUGUGGACCCAGUCACUUUGAACUGGAGGGACAGUGUGUUGGUCGUGGUGGCCUAGGAAACCCAUGUCUUCCUGGCAGUGGAUGUGUAGAUAACAGGGCAGUCUGUAUACAGGAAUAUUGUGUAUGUCAUCCCUCAUUCUAUCAAACCAGUAACACAUGUGAGCCAAAGAAGAGCCUGACAUUUCAGUGUUCCAGACAGGAAGAGUGUCUUCACACCAACACGUUAUGUCACAAUGGACAAUGUCUGUGUAGAGCUGGCUUUGUCUACAUAGCCAUCAUAGACAAGUGUAUUCCUCUGCAAAGACUUGGCUCCAGGUGCUCUACACAUGCAGAGUGUGAGGCAAGAAAUGCAGUGUGCGAAAACAGAACAUGUGCAUGCACUCAAAACCACGUGGAAGUACAAGGAGCAUGUGAACCCUUGAAAUCAUUAAAUGAGGAGUGUACAGUAGGUGCCCAGUGUCGCCCAGCUCACAGUGACUGUCUGGGUGCCAGGUGUGUCUGCACAGAGCGUUAUGUGGAUGCCUUCCUGAAUGGCCAGUGUGUCCCUGUUAGUAGCCUGUUUGCUAGUUGUUCUACUGAUCUCCAGUGUGAGACUGCCAAUGCUUUGUGUAAUAAUGGGGCAUGUAGCUGUAAGCAAGGGUACCUGCCUGAGGGGGAGAAUUGUGCUUCUGAGGCAGGUUUUAGUGAGCCAUGUGAAAGCAGCACCCAGUGUCAGCACCCUCACACUCUGUGUAGAAAUGGCCAGUGUAGAUGUAGAGAUGACUAUGUCUAUGUAGCUGACAGGGAGGCAUGUGUACCUCUACAACCAUUAGGCCUGCCAUGUGGAAUAGACAUAGAGUGCCAAGACCCUCACUCUGUCUGCAGAACUGGUACUUGUCAGUGUCAGAAAGGAUUCACUGCACUUCGUGGAGUCUGUGCCAGUCUCUCUGGCCUGUAUGGUCAGUGUUCUAGCUCAGCCAUGUGCUCUGUGCCUUUCUCAGUGUGUGAUGAAGGUGGGGUGUGCAGGUGUACUCAGGGUUACUAUGACAACAGUGGUCUGUGCAACAAGGUCUUAGAGGAUUGUGCAGUUCAAAUCAAGGCUGCAGGGUGGCUGACUCUAGGUGUGAUAAACUAG